AUGGCAUUUGAUCCUAACCAACAUCUAAGUCGCAAAUCAACCACUCCGUUGGACAUCCUCACGGGGAAAAUGAUUGGUUGUGGUACUAGGCGGGGCAAACUCUACUAUUUGGACUGGGCACCGAAUAGUGAGACCAAGGUUAGUCAAACUUUCACAACCAGUGGAGCUAGUUCUGAGAGGCAGAGAGACAAAGUUUGA